UUUAAAAAGAAGGAUUCAUCAACAAAGUAAAGCUGCCCAACGGCAAACUCCAGCCUCGGCGCAAUGUACCCAUACAUGUUUCACACUACUAACCUACGCGGAGCCUCGCACUCCGUCGGCGACGGAUGAGAACCCUGCUGAGCACCUUAUCCUUUACCGUCGGCGCAAUGGAACCGCAGAUCACUAGCGCUGCUAACCUGUGCUGGUCAUCCUCAAUCUCCCACAUCCCCACCUCUACAAUUCACAUAAAUACUAUCCGCUCCCCGAGCCUAUCAUCUCUCACUGUUCGCUUGUCUAAACGGAGCCCUGAACCGGCGUCUCUGGGGCUCCAGAGAGAACCCAAGAAGCAAUUAUCGAGGGUUUUGAGAACCGACGCCGCUAUUAAAGCUAUUUUACAGAAGGCGAACUCGAACAAGUACCAGAAUCUGUGGCCUAAGGCGGUUCUGGAAGCUCUUAGUGAGGCAAUUGGAGAGAAUAGAUGGGAGUCCGCUCUAAAGAUAUUUGGACUUCUUCGUAAACAGCGAUGGUACCAGCCAAGAUGCCAAAUGUACACAAAGUUGUUGAUGAUGCUUGGAAAGUGCAGACAGCCUGAACAGGCCAGCUUACUUCUCGAGAUCAUGUUGAUUGAUGGGCUGAAACCCACAAUUGAUGUUUACACUGCUCUUGUGAGCGCUUAUGCUCAGAGUGGCUGGCUUGAUGAGGCAUUUUCCACUGUGAAUGAGAUGAAAUCAGUUGCGGACUGCAAACCUGAUGUAUAUACAUAUUCUAUCCUUAUUAACUCAUGCAUGAAACUCCAUAGUUUUGAUCUGAUAGAAAAAAUACUCUCGGAGAUGUCGUAUCUGGGAAUUGAAUGCAGCAUUGUGACUUACAAUAUAAUUAUUAAUGGAUAUGGUAAGGCAGAAUUGUUCGAAACAAUGGAGAAAUCAUUGGAAGACAUGAUAGAAAGUGGGGACCGUCUCCCAGACAUAUUCACGUUUAAUUCUGUUAUUGGAGCGUAUGGUAAUAGUGGCCAGAUUGAGAAGAUGGAGAGAUGGUAUGACGAAUUUCAGCUUAUGGGAGUAAGGCCAGACAUUAAGACAUAUCAUAUCCUGAUUAGAUCAUUUGGGAAAGCAGGCUUGUACCGGAAGAUGAAGUCUGUUUUGAAGUUCAUGAAGAAGAGGUUCUUCUCCCCAACGGUUAUGACUUACAACAUAAUUAUUGAGAUGUUUGGUAAGGCUGGAGAUAUUGAGAACAUGGACGAAUACUUCAAGACAAUGAAAUAUGAAGGGAUGAAACCUAAUGCUGUUACGUACAGCUCACUUGUUAGUGCCUAUAGUAAAGCAGGGCUGAUAACCAGGGUGGAUUCUGUUUUGAGACAGGUAGAGAAUUCUGAUGUAAUAUUGGAUACCACAUUUUUUAACUGCAUCAUCAGUGCCUAUGGGCGGGCUGGUGAUGUAGAAAAGAUGACUGAGUUGUUUUUGGUGAUGGAGAGCCGAAAAUGCCCACCUGACAAGAUCACCUUUGCCACCAUGAUCCAAGCCUAUACUGCCCAGGGAAUGACUGAGGCUGCUCGAGGAUUAGAGAAAAAGAUGGUUACAUCCAAGGAAAAUACAGGGACAAGGUUGAUUGGAUGCUAGCAUUGUUUGGUUUUUGUGGAAAACAGCUUCGAGGAUUGGAGGCCAAAUGCAAGAUGAUAGGAAAAGGGAGAGAAAUCAUGCUCGCUUGAGUUAUGAAUCCUCAAUAACUGGGUGUCAUAGGGCUCACAAGCUACCACCUUUGGAUCCGAUUAACCAACUCUGUUGUAACCCGAGAGAUAAAUCAUUCAGAAUCGGGUAUUGGGCAGUUUAGCAUGCUGUCUUUGAUACACUGCACAAUCAAUAAGGAGAUAUGAAAAAGGAAAUGAGGAGUUACAGGAAUUUUGGAAGUGCUUCAAUGCAAUACUGAAGAUUGAAGAGGUACUGCGGAUAAAUUGUUACAGCAUAUAUGGUGGUUGUGUAACUCUUAGGCUGUAAUGUUUGAAUCGAAGAUGAAGCUUUGUACAGCAUUUUAAUGGUUAGGCAUGUAAUGUUGAUGUGAGUUUUAACAUCUUGUGAUACAGAUUCUCAAAAGUGUGUAUGUUCUCAUGUAUGUGAUGUAGUGCAUGUAGGGAAGUUUUGGUGGCAGAAGUGAUAGGGAUUCCAAUAACUAAUCGUGUCCCUUGAUUGAUGAACAUCACGUUUUGUGAGCCCCUACACUUGUAUCAAUCAAUCGCUAGGAUUUGUUACUAUGAUGACUAAGAUCUUUAACAUUUUUGUUUUGUUGGUGAAGACUGAAGAGUUGUAGUGUUCGACU